CAACUGCAGGUUAUUUCGAAAAAAUCGCAAUUGGCGUGUUUACAAGUGAUUUUUAAUAUUGGAAGCAUAAAUUAAAAUGAGUUUUUUACGAAGCGGGGGAAAGUGGUUAAUAGCUGGUAUAUUACCUCUACACUCCGAUGAACACGACAAAGUCUCCAAAGACACCAGAACAUACAAAUCAUUUGUACAACGUCCGCCCUCAAAUGAAACUGGUUGGGAAAGAGUUAAGGAAAUAUUUAAAGUAGAUGAAUUUGGAGCAAUUUCAGCAGAGUUAAAUUCAAUUUAUCAAGCCGGUUUCUUGGGUUUCUUAGUAGGUGCAAUCUAUGGCGGUAUUAUACAAUCACGUCAGGCCUACAUGAAUUUCAUGGAAAAUAAUGAAGCAACCGCUUUCAAAUCUCAUUUAGAUGCUAAAAGAAAACUACAAGAUCAAUUUACAAUGAAUUUCGCUAAAGGUGGUUUUAAAUGGGGUUGGCGAGUUGCCUUAUUUACUACUUCGUACUAUGGUAUUGUCACGUUGGUAUCAGUUUACAGAGAAAAAUCUUCCAUUUAUGAGUAUUUGGCAGCUGGCACUUUAUCGGGAGCUAUGUACAAAUUUAAUAUGGGUCUUAGAGGUAUGACCGCUGGUGGCAUUAUAGGUGGAGUUUUAGGGGGCGCAGGUGGAGCCGUAUCCCUGUUAAUAUUAAAUUUAUCGGGUACUUCUAUGGAAGAGGUUCGCUAUUGGCAAUACAAAUGGCGGGCAAACCGAGAUGAUGCAAUUGCAGAAUCUUAUAAGCUGGCUGCCGAACAAGAUGAACCCACACCUGAACUUCUAAAAGCUCAUGAUGCUAAGGUUGGUGAAAAAAUUACACUAGAAAAUGUUAAAUAAAAAGUUUAUUGUUUAUGUAUGUACUUAUGUAUUUAUUUCCGUAAACUGCAAUCUGUGGGUAUUUUCAUCUUAUUGGCAAUAAUAAAUGGAAACACAUUAACUCAUAUAAACAAAAGCUGAUUUAAUCGAAAAUCAUUAAAGAAUUUUUUAAUAAAUUAAUUUGGUAUGAAAAAAGAAUCCACAGUUUAUUGAGGUUUGGUAAAUUUCGUUCAAGAAAUUUAGGAGAAAGCAAAAAAUUUGUUUAAAAGCUAUGUAAAUUAAAUUUGUAAUUGUUUUUUUAUAUAUUAUUUUAAAACAAAAAUCUAUUAUAUUAACGGUUUUCAACAUUUAAACAAAUUUUCGAUCAUUUGAAAAAA